AAGUGCGGGCGGCGAGGGGCGACAGAGAAGGCGGAACGAGGAGGACGUCCCCGGCCCCCGCCCCUCUCCACCGCGCCGACGAGGGAGGGCGGACCACGAUGCCCGGGUGGCGGGCGCUGCCCGCCCGCCCGCAUGGAGACCGCCACCCGUAGCGGGGCUGCCGCAGCGUAACGCGGGAUCUGAUCUGGCCUAAGGUCUGGGAGUGAAUUCUUAGCUUGAUGGAGGCUGUAUUUCGUACCAAGGAAGAGAGCUGAAGUGAUGCUGAGCUCCCGCAGGUUCUCCUGGCAGUGCCUCAGUGCCCGUCUGUUCAUACCACAUGGCCCAGCAUUUGGUUUAUGCUACCUUGGCUAAAUGAACUCCUGGGAUUUACAGUGUGGCUUCAGAGAACAAGAAUCGGACGUGAGAUAUUGGCUUUCAAGGAAAAUAAAGUUUUGAACAGUGCCUCCCCAAGAGGUGUGAUGAGAAAUGGCUUUAGGAAACAAUACCCAGAGAAGUUAUUCCAUCAUCCCCUGCUUCAUCUUUGUUGAGCUUGUCAUCAUGGCUGGGACCGUUCUGCUCGCCUACUACUUUGAGUGCACCGAUACUUUUCAGGUGCAUAUCCAAGGUUUCUUCUGUCAGGAUGGCAAUUUGAUGAAACCGUACCCUGGAACAGAGGAGGAGAGCUUCAUUUCACCUCUUGUGCUCUACUGUGUGCUGGCUUCAACUCCAACAGCUAUUAUUUUUAUUGGUGAGAUAUCCAUGUAUUUCAUAAAGUCAACUCGAGAAACCCUAAUUAUUCAAGAGAAAACUAUUUUGACUGGAGAGUGCUGUUACCUGAACCCACUGCUUCGAAGAAUAAUACGUUUUAUAGGAGUGUUUGCAUUUGGGCUUUUUGCCACUGACAUAUUUGUAAACGCUGGCCAGGUUGUGACUGGGAACUUGGCUCCCUACUUCCUGACUGUAUGUAAGCCCAACUACACUGGAAAUGACUGUCGGGCCCACAACCAGUUCAUAAACAACGGCAACAUCUGCACUGGGGAUGUGGAGGUGAUUGAAAAGGCAAGGAGAUCCUUUCCAUCCAAACAUGCUGCUUUGAGCAUCUACUCAGCUUUAUAUGCCACGAUGUACAUCACGAGCACAAUUAAAACAAAGAGUAGCAGGCUAGCCAAACCUGUGCUAUGCCUGGGCACCCUGUGUGCUGCCUUCCUCACUGGGCUGAAUCGAGUUUCAGAGUAUCGAAACCACUGCUCGGACGUGAUCGCAGGCUUCAUCUUGGGGAGUGCUGUAGCUUUGUUUCUGGGGAUCUGUGUUGUCCAUAACUUCAAAGGCACUCAUGGGGCUCCUUCUAAACCCAAGCCUGAAGACCCAAGAGGAAUGCCACUAAUGGCUUUUCCAAGAGUGGAAAGUCCACUGGAGACACUGAGUGCACAGAAUCACUCUGCCUCUAUGACUGAAGUAACCUGAGAUGGAAGAUUGGCAACUGAAGCUAUUUUUUAUUAUCCUCUGGUACAAUAGUCCAAGACACACAGUUACUAAAUGUCUAACUGUGAUGACCAGUAUUAUGUUAUGUCUAGUUAGAGGCUAAUGUUUUGUACUUUUUUUGUAUGAGGAAGUGAUGUAGCUUGCCCUGAUUUUUUGUCAGCUUUAAUAUUAUUAUGCCAGAAUUUAAAAGCAAAAAAGAAAAAGAAAAAAAAAAAAUCUUCUCUUGUUUGAAGUGUGCACCGAGGAACUACAUCUAUGGAAUUGUUGAUGUUGUUAUGUGAUAUUUGUACACAACCUUUUUUUCAUUUUUGAAUUUAUA